ACAACCCAUCGAAUCAGGCCACAAUCAUUUAAUUCAACCCAUUUGAUUUCGAGCAAACUAAUUAAAGCGCUCGAGCGAGGGAAGAAAAAUAUGUGCACCGUCUAGUUCAAUGUUGCAAAACGCAGGAGUAGGGUUCUAGCUUCGUUCAAACCCAGACUGUCGCAAAACCCAUACUGCACACUCCAACAAGAAGGAAGAACCAACAUGGGGCGUAGGAUGCCGUUGGCCGGAAUGGAAACCUCUAUCAUGGCUACCGACUCUGUAGAAUUCAUUGGCGUUUCUGUUCCUUCUUCCUCAUCAAGAGAGGCUGCCAUUACUUCCGUUGCUUCUCAAGCUACCACCUCAUUGACUGAGGACCAUACCUCCUGCGUUGUCGUAGGAGAUCCUCCAACCUAUCUUAUCUGGAGGAUUCGGAAGAUUCUACCUCAUGUAGUAGAGUUGCUUGAGUUUUCAACUUCCAACGAGUUUUGUAGGACUGGUUUGCGAAUUGCCUUUCCUGAAACACUUCACCCGGCCGUUUUUGUUUGCAAAAAUGAGAUUAGUUCGUCUAUGGGACAUCCUUUCUUGAUGUAUGCAGUGACUUCGUCCGGUUUCGCUUAUUGUUUGAAGCUGCGAAAUCUAUCCUCAUAUGUAUCCUACUCUGCCAUUCCGCUCGAUGAGGUUGUGGAGUUUAAUCUGCAAACCCAUCCGGACAACAAACCAGUAACCAGCGUAUCUGCUAUAUCUGGAUGUCUUGUGAUAGGGAGAAAUGAUGGAUCAGUUUCAUGUUACAAACUUGGGUCGCUUGACCAACAUUCCCCUGGCUUUGAACAUGAACUACGAGAUGAUUCAGGAUUCAAUCGUCUGUUGGGUUUCAUUUCAAGGGUCAAGUUGGCAGGAGCUGUGCAAGAUAUGGUAAUAUCUGAGGUCUGUGGAAGACAAUUUCUGUUUGUUCUUCAUUCUGAUGGAAACUUACGAGUGUGGGAUCUUUCAUGCCAUAGUAGGGUAUUUAAUCACUCUAUGAACAUUGCAACUAUGGCAGAAGCAAGGUUUGUUAGGUUGUGGGUGGGUCAAGCUAACACCGAUAAGAGUACAAUUUCUCUGGCGAUUCUCUAUAAUCACCCGGAGGAUCUUAGCUUGGAGACGAUCUACAUAUAUAGCUUACGUUUUAGUUGGGGAGAUAGGGUCAGCCUAUUGUUGGAGCCUUCAACACACAGUAUUCCAUUGAAUCAGGGUGGAUGUCUCGACGUAAAACUUGCAUAUGAUAAGAUAUGGGUCUUAAAGGAUAACGCAUUGAUCUUUCUCGACUUGUUAGCUUCAGAUGGUCAUUCGGGAGAAGCACAAUGCUACGCUUUGCAAGAAGAGUUUGUUGCUGACCAAUUAUUUCAGAGCGCUGAUUAUUCUUCUGAUGCAGUUCUUUGGAUAACUCAUUCAAUAUUUUCUUCGGCAAAGGAUGAGGUUGUGCCGUUCAUAUCUUCUAUAUUCGUGCGCAGACUACUACAACCUGGGGUUUACAAUGAAAGGGUUCUUCGUGCAACUUUGCUUGAAUAUAGUAGGCACCGGACAGAUUCUAACUUUCAAUCUAUGACUUCUGAUGAACUGAAACAAGAGAUUCUAUCUCUCAUUGAAGAUGAGGGAGCAACUGGAACUCCAGUUUCAAUAUAUUUAUGGUGGAAAACUUUCUGUACCCACUACAUCCAUCAUUGGUGCACAGAUAAUGCACCUUCUUUCAUACUUAUUGACAGUACAUCGGCUGCAGUGGGAUUAGUGAGAAGGAAUUCAGUAUCACUUUUUAGAUGCUUGGACAAUGUUGAGCAACUUUUAGACGGUUUUUCUGGGGAACUUGAUGAACUUGGUGGUCCUGACAUUGGUUGGAUUGGCAAUGAUUCAGAUUCGGAACUCUUGUUUGAGGUCUUGAGAUGUGUUAUUAGCAUUAGCCGGCGUUUGGGGAAAACAACUUUGGCUAUAUUUUAUGAGUCACUAAUGAGCACACCGAUUAUCCCUUUUGGUGAAAUUGUUGGUAAAAUUUUGAAGAUUCUGGAAAGUGGAUAUAGCUCGUCUGUGGUAAUGGUUAAAAGGUCAGAUCUUCAAGCUGGCUGUGGUUGGGAAAGAGAGGCUGAUAAGAAAAAUUUUCAAAAAUUUUCUAUUGAUAUGAUGCUAUCUCUUCAUACUUUGUGCAAAAAGGGUGCCACAUGGGGCAGGGUUUUCGAUGUCAUUGAAAGUUUUCUUAAAUACUUUGUUCCACGAAAGAUGUCUCAGAAAGUACAGCCUCAAACAUCAUCGGAUGCCAAUACCUCCAUUUUGGUCCAUGCAACCUCCCAGAUUUCAAAGGUUAUGCUUGAAUCAGCGUUAGAUGUUCUGUUGUUUCUAAAUUAUAUGGUCUCCGCCAGUGGGCAGAUUGGUUUACUCCAUGAUGACACAUCGAGAGUAAAACUUGAGUUAAUUCCAAUGAUUGAGGAAAUUAUUUGUGAGUGGCACAUUAUUAAUUUCCUUGCUAUCACGCCAUCUGAGUCAGCUGCAGUUGAGGAUUUUAGUUCUCAACUUUCACUGUUACAAAUUGAUACUUAUGGAGGUAAAGAAAUAUGGAAGGGGAAGCUUGGAAAAUGUGACUUUACAUUGGCUUCUUUACUUCUGUUAAAGAUGAAUUCUUCAACUGAAGGGCCUGUCUACCUGUCUACCAAAUGUCUUCUCAAUCCACAGGACAUUGUUCUUGCAACGCAAAAUUUUACUAGCUGGAUUAUUUGGGGGAGCAGUAGAGAACCUUCGGCCUUUUUAAAUACUUCAACUGAGCUUGCUGUGGUACUGCUGAGGCAUGGCCAAUAUGAUGCUGUUGAGUACCUGCUCAGCGUCGUGAAGUCUCAAUCACAAAACGAGAAGACAUCCCACUGUAUGCAAGAUGUGGAUGGUGGAUGGUCUAUAAUGCAUCACCUUCUUGGUUGCUGUCAACUUGGUCAGGCACAUUAUAAGUUGCACGGACCACUGAAAGAGAGGAAGGUUCACGAAGCUAUAUGCAGUUUCUUCAGAGCUUCAUCUGGAAACAGAUCUUUUCAGGCUUUGCAGAGUUUGCCUCAUGAAGUGGGAUUUUCUUCUGUUGAGUCUAGUGGUUGUGUAUCAAGUAUCGCAUGGAAAUUCCAUUAUUAUCAGUGGUCUAUGCAAUUGUUUGAGCAGUACAAUAUCAGCAAAGGAGCUUUUGAGUUUGCUCUUGCUGCACUUGAGCUGGUGGAAGAAGCUGUAAGUCCAAAAGACGAUUAUUGUGGCAGACUUCCUUUCAAUGAAUCUGCCAUUACAGUCCAAGGACGGCUUUGGGCAAAUGUCUUCAAAUUUGCGUUGGAUCUACAUCAACUCUAUGAUGCGUAUUGUGCAAUCAUUUCAAAUCCAGAUGAGGAGAGCAAAUAUAUCUGCUUAAGGCGUUUCAUAAUAGUCCUUUAUGAAUGCGAUGCCAUUAAGAUUCUUUGUUGUGGUGAAUUACCGUUCAUUGGAUUAGCAGAAAAGGUAGAGCAGGAGCUUGUAUGGAAGGCAGAACGUUCUGAUAUUUUGUCAAGGCCAAGCUUGUAUAAGUUGCUGUAUGCGUUUGAAAUACACCGACAUAAUUGGCAGAAAGCAGCAAGUUAUAUCUACCUUUAUUCGGCUCGUUUGAAAACGGAAGGAGCUCUGGGAGAUAACCAUUUCAGUUCAUCAUUGGUGUUGGAACGAUUGAAUGGCCUUUCUGCUGCUAUUAAUGCAUUGCACCUUGUUCAUCCUGAUUUUAUGUGGAUUGAACCCCUGUUUGAAAGAGAUGCUAUUCAGAGUAAGCACUACCCAAGUAAGAAAGCUAAAAGAACUGUUGAUGAACAGCUUGGCAGAGAUGACACCAAGUCUCAGAAGCAGCAUUCUUAUAUCGAUAUGAAACAACUAGAAAAUGAAUUUUUGCUAACUUCAUCAGAGUAUGUUCUCUCAUUAGCAAAUGUCAAGUGGCCAUUUACUGACUCUCGUAUGUCAGGGGCUCAUGAGGCCCCUUCAGAGUUAGUUGAUCUUCUGGUCCAGAACAAUUUUUAUGAUAUGGCAUUUUCUGUUAUAAUAAGAUUCUGGAGAGAUUCAGCAUUAAAGAGGGAGUUGGAGAGAGUUUUCACUGCCAUGUCAUUGAAGUGUUGUCCUAGUAGAUUAGGUUCAUCUGCAGUUCUGAUUGAUCCCAGAAUAAAUAGUCUUUUAUUGAUAUCGCCAAAUGGUGGAGGUGAGGAUGUUCAUGGUUCACUUGAUGCACUGCCUAGCAGUCAGCAGACCGAUGGAAAUGGCCAUUGGGAAACUCUGGAAGUUUAUCUUGAAAAAUAUAAAGGUCUCAACGCUAGAUUGCCUCUUAUUGUUGUGGAAACGCUUCUCCGAGCAGACUCCCAGAUGGAAUUGCCUCUUUGGCUGGUUCUUAUGUUUAAGGAUGGUAGAAGGCCAAAGACAUGGGGGAUGACUGGUGAAGAAUCAAAUCCAGCAUUGUUGUUUCGAUUAUAUGUUGAAUAUGGUCGAUAUACAGAGGCUACCCAUCUGUUGCUCGAAUACAUGGAAUCCUUUGCAUCAAUGGCACCAGCAGACUUAAUUAACCGAAAAAGACCAUUCUCUAUUUGCUUCCCCUACAACGCCGUUCAGUACUUAUGGUGCAAAAUAGAUGAAUUGAUCCGCUCAGGUCACAUGGUAGAUGCUUGUGAGAAGCUGAGAAACCUAUUGCAUGGUGCUUUGUUGAAUCAUCUGAAGCUGCUUAAAGUCGAGGGAGAUGAUAUCCUAUCUGCCGUCGCUUAAGCUACUCUGGAUUACUUCCAGCAGUUUCUAUGAUGCCAGGAGGAAUCAAGCGGAUCACCUAAAGGGAGCUCGUUUGAAGUCAAAUCUGGAUGCUGAUGACAAACCAUCUUUCGUUGGAGAAUGCUUCAAAGAUUGGUGACCUGAAUGGAUAUUGUUCGGAUAACUAAGCAUCCAGAGAUGGCAUGAAUAUACAGAGGAUUGGGGUGGUUUCCCGUUGGGUAAUAUUUGUAGGCUUGUAUAUUUCAUGAUUUCAUUUGUUUACAACAUUUUGAUGAUGCAAUCUUAGACUAGAAAUUUCAUUAAGCUCCCGCCAGUAAGUAGGGAAAAAGCGUGUAUAUGUAUUAUUAUAAUACUCGAGUCUGUUCCAGCAACAUCUUUAAGUGAUUAUUAGACGGCCAUGUUCCCAAGUGCUUCAUGCAAGAAAAAGAAAUGUAGAAUAUUCAAUUUUGAAAAAUUAUGACCAAAUGGUUUGAUUAAAUGACUGAUGAUGAACGGGUAGAAAUCUCGAAUAUUGAGAAAAAUAGCUACCAACUUUUGUAGAGAUGUUUGAAAAUAUUGAAAAAAAAUAAUUUUGGAA